AUGGGAAACUCCCAGACCAAGGAGUCACGCUCCACAGCUCCGUCAAGUCAUCGAAGUCAAUUAUCUCCGGGCGCUUCCGAUGCAUCAAGUCGGCCGUAUCAAGGUUCUCGGUCAGCAAGAGGCAGUAGGCCUGACCUUUCGAUUCUUGGAAUUGGCAGCAGUCAUGAUCGAGAGGUGGCCACAUUAGAACAUCGGCGGGAGACAAAACAAGAACGCGAGGUCCGUCGCUUGGAGAAAGAACGGGUGGCUCGUCUCAAAGAAAGGGAGCGUAGUAUGAAGGAGGAGCAUGUCGAUGGAGGCUAUCUCGUAACACAGGGCGUCUAUGUGGGGACAGAAGACUACAAUAAGGUAGUGGUGCGCCAACUGAUGAUUGAACGUCGACUGGCUCCCUUCUGGAGAGGUCUUAAUGACUUCUCGGAAUCGUGGGCUGAGCAUCAGAUUAUGGCAGCUGCACGCGGCAUGCCCAUCCCCCGUCCCGAUGAGAUCCCACCUGAGUUGGAACAACAAAGCCUCUGCCGAUCCGACAUAUAUCCAGCAUCUGACAUCAUCCAACCCCCUCAAUCAUUACCCUCUGCAUCUCCGAUCCCAUCCGGGACAUCCACCUCCCCUCUUUUCCGAACAAGAGCAAAGACCUUAGCUGCUUUGACCACCUCCAAACAUAAUUCACAAACAGAUCUCACGCCCCGGGAAUUGCAGCUUCCCAAGGACCCAUUUGUCAAUGGACAGCCGAUCGAAGUCAAUUUGUACAAAGACGCAAGCGAAUGUCCUAUCUGUUUUCUCUACUAUCCGCCUUACUUAAACCGUACCCGAUGCUGCGACCAGCCUAUUUGCUCCGAGUGCUUCGUGCAAAUUAAGCGCCCGGACCCGCACCCCCCAGAACACGGAGAGCCUGGUGCGAAUGCUUCUUCAGCCGAGGGUGGGCAGACGGAGUCGACUGAGUCACAAUUGGUCUCCGAGCCCUCGGCAUGCCCCUUCUGUGUCCAGCCAGAGUUCGGAGUCACCUAUUCAUCGCCCUCGUUCCGUCGGGGUUUGAGUUAUGCUGCAGAACCCAGCGCUCGACUCUCACCUAACUUUACUUCCCCCGUAUCCUCCACCUCCUCCUUAUCAUCUGCCACUGCACCCGUGCCAGGUCGCCGCCGUGCGACCUCACUAUCCGCCGCUGAUCCCACAGUGGUGACUACGGAUAGGAUUCGGCCGGACUGGGCCACCAAAUUAUCGAAUGCACGAGCCCACGCGGCACGUCGAUCUGCAGCCGCAACCGCCCUUCACACUGCGGCCUAUUUAAUCAACCCCAGUGCAACUGGGGGUGAGUCGCGUGGAUUUGGCAUCGGACGACGAGGAAUGCGAAGAGCCACCGGCGGAGAAGGGUAUGGCGGCCGGACCGCUUCACCUGCCCUCAACGCAUUGGCUUUCUUGACAGAGCGUACCGGUGCUGAUCGGACGCCUCGAGUAACUGGACAAGACACCGAUUCUGCUUCUGCUGAAGAAGGAGCAGGUAACCCAACUGCCCCUCGAUCGAGCUCGAGGCGCAAUCGAAUUGACGAUCUUGAGGAAAUGAUGAUGAUGGAAGCUAUCCGACUGAGCUUGGCUAGUGAAGACGAGCGCCUCAGACGAGAGGAGAAAGAGGCAAGAAAGGACGCCAAGAAGAGGGAGAAGGAGAAAGAGAAGGAGGCUAAGAAGGCGGAUAAGGCGGCUCGCAAGACUGGCUUGUAUAGCAAUAAUGCUAGCGCCUCCGCUUUGGAUGUCCUUGGCGAGUUCAAUUUAGGUAGGGGGACUAGUAGCUCAUCCUCUGUCAUGGGCGAGGAUGUCAUCGGUGAAGAAAUCGCUGCUGGUAAUAAAGGUAAGGGAGUUGACCGUGCAUGGCCAUCGACCGCAGAAGAGAGGAACCCCCCUAUGCUGCUUAAUCCAGCAGUAGCAGCAAGCCAAAUGGCAGAUCAGUCCGAACCAUCACGACCAUCUCACCUGCGGCAGGUCUCCAGCGCCUCUUCAUCAUUCUCCUCUGUCAUGGAAACAACCCCGGAGGAUAGCACAGGCGGUCCCGCUGCUGGAGAGGGCACCACCAACUCUCUUGAGCCAAUGUUCAAUUUCCGCAGUCUAGCUGCUGUAAUUGGAGACGAGGAGAAAGUGGAUGACUCUGCGGAACAUGUUGAGGUUACCUCCAAAAAACCACAGACCGAGGGAUCUUCCUCGAGUGCCACUCCGUCAGUCCACCAGCCUUUCAUGGAUGUGAGCCCUGAAUCGGCGCUUAUUGUUGAGUCUCGUUUGGAGGCUCGUGGUGACUCUGGUACCCUUCCCAAGGAACUUGAGACUCGCUCUAUCGAGAUCACCAGUUCCCCUACGCAUCCGGAACCUACUUCGUGA